AUGGCGACGGCGUCGCCUUCCGUCCGGGAAGCCACGGACGCAGUGGACGACGGCUGGAACCUCCCCACGGACGCCUUCGUGGAGAUCCUGCUCCGCCUCCCGCCGAUCCGCCGGCGCUGGGCCCGCCUCGUCUGCCGGAGCUGGUGCGACGUCAUCGACGAGCGGACGCCGCGGGGCCAGCCGCCCAAGGUGCUCGUGUGCUUCACGACCGCCACGUCAGCCUCGGCGACCGUCGUCGACGACCUCGAGCACGGGUGGGGCAGAGAGGUGUGGCGGGCCGCCGACGCCGCCGGCUCCGGCACGAGGAGGCGCUUCUUCACGGUGGUCGUCGGGACGUGCAACGGGCUGCUCUGCAUCUGCGACGACAGCAAGCCCGGCGGGGAGAUCUCGCUGGCGAACCCGGCCACCGGCGAGAAACUACGCAUCCCGCCGCUCCCCGUCUCGCACCGGCACGCCUACCUCAGCUGGAAGGUGUACACCUUCGGGUACACCCCGGCAACGGGGCGGUACAAGAUCCUGCACCUCCCGUGCCGCGGCGACCCGUCCGGCGUGUUCAACGCGCUGCAGGUGUUCACGCUCGGGGACGCGGCGUGGCGCGACGUCGCCGUGCCCAGCGCGAGCUGCUGCGCCGACGCCGGCCUCGUCACGUCAGCGCCGGCGGCGCGGCGUACUGGGCCCCGGGGGGCGCCGAGAGCGUCGUGUCGUUCGACCUCGAGCGCGAGCGCGUCGCGUUCGCCGCGCCGCUGCCGGUGGGGGCCGACGGCCUCUGCCGACGCCUGA